CGCUUCAAUGUCUUUCUUUUCUUUUCUUCACCUGCUCACUUGUAUGCAAUUAUGCAUUUCAAACUCGCAUCAUGGAUAAUCCGGUCAACCAACUAUUCAGGAUUCCAAUCCAUGUAUCUGCUGAAUACAUAUAUCAAACGACAAGAUGUGUGCAAGAUGCCGUGAUUUAAACCCCUUUUAAUUCGACGAAGGGGACAUGUCAUCUCAUCUUCUGCUCCUCUGCACCCUUCAAUAUGAGGCGUGUGGAACUACGCUCAAAAGCCAGUCUAGCCCGCCCAGUACCCAAGGUAGACUGAAGUUCGCGAUUGUGGGUGCCGGAAGUCGUGAGCCUCUUAAAAAAUAUUUUGAGCUUUCCUGUCAUCGACAGGUUCCACGUUCAGAGUUUCGCGUCAUAUUCUGGAUUGUCACGACCUUCCAAACUUAGAUUGUUUAUUUCGUCAAUAUAAACAUACAUAUGAAUCGCUCCCCAUCUUUAUACAGAUGCCCACCAUCGAAUAUGCUGGCUUGUGUAAAAGAUGACACAAAGAGAAGAUAACCAGACCCCCUGUCACAGUCUCACAGGCCGAAAAUACCUGCCAAUCUUUACUGGUGGAAAAGUGAAGACAUAUAGUUAUAGUGCAAGGACUUAGUUUGCAAGCAAGGUCGACUCUAACGGAUACGUAAUCCGAGCUGCAUCCGUAGCCUACCUAUAUCGAACCACCAGCCCCGCUGACCACUUUACGACUCCAAAUGCAGUGCCGUUUCGAUUCUGUGGAGGGCCUCCUGGAGCCGGUGCUCCUCUAAAGCAAAUGAUAUCCGUACCCACCCUUUUUCGAAAAGUGUUCCGUGGUAGCUUCCGCCACCUCUAACCACCACUCCGUUCUCCUUAAGUGUCGUUAUCAUAUCCAGUUCGUCCUCACAAGUCUUUGCAUUUGGAACGAGCCUUGCAAAUAUAUUUAAUCCUGCAUUUACUGGAAUAUAGUCGAUUCGAUGGCGAAUAAAGAAUGAAGUGAUGAGGAUAUAUGAUUCUGCCAACCUGGCCGAGUUCAAAGCGACUAAAAGGGGUAGUGUGGGUGAGGAAAGAAGAGCGGUUGUGGAUAAUACAGAUGGCGAUGAGACCUGGGCUUUGGGUGAAGCUGCAAGUCCAACAAUGGACUCUCUGUUAUCUUGUGAUACUAUACAACCCUUUUGUUAUUUUUUGUUUAGAAUUAGUAACCCAAUUUAAAAGUGUUUAGGGUGAGCGAUACUUACCAUUCGACAUCCGCUGACGCCGAAAUCUUUGCUGGUACCCCAUAUCAUAUGGAUACGAGAACGGUCACAUUGCAAUGCACCAGCAUCCAAGGACAAGACCGAAAUGAACGGAGUUGGGUCAGAAAUCUCCGCACACGAAAAUGUCGUCAUCGCAUACACUUCAUCAGAAACCAUGUGUAUUUCCCGUCGCUGACAAAACUUCAGGCAGGCUUCCAGAACUUCCUGGGGAUAACACUGCCCGAAUAAAUUAUGUGGGUUCGUUAAGACGAGGGCUCUUAUCCUGCAUGUGGCGUUAUCCAUCGCCUCCUCCAUUUUGGGUAUCAAGUUCAACGUAAAAAUGUCCGUGAAUUUUUCCGUUUUGACUAGAACUGACUGGACGGAUGAACAAGUGCGAAAGUCUACCUCAUCCCCGUCUAUAAGCGCUCUAUUAUGUUAUUCACCUGCUGCAAUAAUCCUUGAGACAAUUUAUCGCGAGCCUGGAGUAUUUGAGGAUGGAAACUCACUCCAAUAUGGCCCUGGCACUAAGACGCCGUCUUCAGGAUCGCAGAUUUUAUAGAGCAAGGUAACAAGACAACUGUUCGUCCCUGAGCCUGCAACUAUGUGAUGUGGCCUGACAGGUACACACGGAUUAAAAUAGUUGUUAAACAAUUUUGCGAGGCUUCCCAGAAGGCCAAUAUUUUCAUUAUUCAAGUGGCAUAAAUGAGUCCUACAUGCGAGUGUAAUUCACUGUUGGCUCCGGGUUUGCAGAUGUCGGCUAGCUCCUCCCGAAGAAGGCAAUUUUCAUCUGUAGACAGGUCGAUGUCUAACUCAUCAGGAUCGCGACGGUCGGUUAUUCUCAUCCCUAUCGAUGGUGUGAUCGGUGAAAUGCUGGAUGUUCGAGUAGGCAGCUGCGAAUAAUUCAUUUUGGUGACCAUCGCAGAAUGCAGGCACUGAGCGAAAAAGAACUGUCGCUUGCCGCUGGUUCGACUGACAACACGAGCGGUUUAGGGAAACAAAAAUAAAUGUCGCUCCAGAUUCCCUUCACCUCCUUGCCCCAAGGCGAAUUUAACUCCUGCUCUGGCAGUAGCGUUAGGCGUUUCUGCCUUCUCAGCUGGCGCCCAAGCUUGAUCUGAUAGAUAAUUUUUUUGCUAGCAGCCAGGUGAGAGCAUACAGCCGACAUUUCCUUUUAUGACUAGAGCAGGUAAAUUUGAUUGCCACCCGCUUCUCCAAAAAUAGUUAUUAGCCAUAGCCGCCUGAAGCCUUGCGGCAUGGUUUAGUGAGCUGUCAAGUUAUUCACGAGACCAUGUGAGCGGAUUCAAUUCGACGUGGCCGAACGUCAGGACCGAGAAGGGAAGAGCCGAAACAAAAUCCUCGACAUCCACCUCUUGUUCAUAAAACAGCGGAACUUCGCUUCAGAUGAUGAUAAGCUUUUCGAUGGCAAUUGAGCCAACCCUGCUUGUUUCCACGGCUCAGGCGCAAUGUCUCCUUGUACCACUUGCCUAUCUUGACUAGACUCCAGAUUAUGAAGGCUAAAUCUGAGGGACUAACACAAUAUGCCUGCUGAAGGUGUUCCACUGUUGACCUGUCAUAUCUUGUGCCACAGGUGUAGCUCGAUUUAAUCUUCAAGUCAAUGCUGAGGAUGGAAGUGCUUGGUUUGCAGCUUCAAUUGAAAUCAUAGACACUUCAAAUAUCCGUGAACUCAAACAUGUAAUCACUUGAGUUUCGACCCUAGCCGAGAGCAAUCCCAAUUCAAGUUAUACUCUCUAGCGUUUGAAAGGGGAUGGCAAGGGAAGCAAUCGGGCCGAAAGUCUUGACUCGCUAACAAUACUUAGGGAGGAUGAUACCGAUAUAUACGGUGCAUGUGCGCGUACACUUCGUACGAUCAUGCCACGAGCGAUCCAUGUUUCGAGUUUCGACACCCCGAUAAUUACUGGUAAAGACCCCUAGCUGCAUAAACGGACCGGUCUUUGAGGCUUUAGUCCCAGUUUUCGGCGGCUUUCCAAACAAGUCAAAAGAGCAGAUUUACGGCAGAUUCCACUGCCCAUUUUUGGAUAUUUCUCAGGCAAUUCCCAUCGGCCGCAGCGAUGUGCGGCCAACGUGACAUGGUAUCGACCCACAAAGCCCUAUUCCCAGCCCUGCCAGGAUAUUAUUGAUUCCACGUUUAGAAAAUUUCGGGGGGAUCACGACAGAUUCCCUUUUCCCAACUCUUUGAGGCUGGAGCUGUGUUUUUAAGGACCAUGCCCAUUGGGGAGAGGCCUACCGAUCGGACUCCGGGCUUCCAGUUGCUGCGCAAAACUGUGGUUGCCAAGCGGUUUGGAAAGGUUGUUCCCAUUUUUGGGGGUUUAAAUGCAUGGCGGGCUGCAGGGCAAGCAUCUGUUGUCUGACAUGCUCUGUGGGAGUAUCCAUCUGAACUUAGACAAACGCUUGCCGGACCCCAGAGAACCCUCCGCCACUUACGAGGUCAGUGGUUUAUGACUGCUCCAUUCUCCUACAUGGCUUUGAAAGCUGCCAUCCACCUCAAAUACAGCUUUCCAGUAGCUGUGUCCUGCUUGCAUCCAGCAGUAAGAGGAGGGGGGGAAGAUUCCCGGAGGUUAAGGCCUGCAUCCAAAAAUGGAAUUCUGGGCUUGGCAACACUUUCGGUCCCUUGUUACCUUUUUAGGUAACGUUAAUUAGGGCUAGAACGGAUUUUCUGGCCUAACAGCGUAUGUCAACUCCGGCAAAGGUUUAUGCGAAACGACUUUCCCUUUUGAGAGAGCACAUCACCAAACUCCGCCUACGACGUGCGUAUCAAACGUCUCCACAUCGUUGCAUUUGCGCCCGCGCGCUUCGUCCAAAACGGCAAAUGAACUCGACGCUCUAAAACACAUAUUUCUCGUCUUGUUUCUCUCUUUUUUCCACGUUAACCAUCCUAAUCACGUUAGAUUGUUGACGAGAAUUCCUCUCGGUUAUGAGCUAACUUUUCGAGAAAAUGGAUAGGGUGAUGGUGGUUAGCUCCUGUAAAAUCCAGAUAACAUAUAGUAUUGAUCAAGCCAUUACUUACGAUGCCAAAAUAACAAUGUAUAGUAGCACUCAAUUGCAAACUCUGCAUUCCUGUACCAGGUGAAGUUUGUCCUUAGGGUUACGUUUGUGUGACGCCAUAGGCACGUUGGCCCUGGCUUGCUCAAUGUAGUGAGAUCCUUGCGAUGUGGUACAUAAAGCCUUCCAGAUCUCUUCUGCGCUUUACCAUAGGCGAAAAGCUGGGCCACUUCAUUACAUCGAUAGGCAUACGUCUGCAGAGCUAUUCUCCACCUGAUUCGAAAUAACUGCAAUUCUGUUGCAAGCCCUGCACGUCUGCCGGUAUAACUGUCCUGUCUGCAGCAUCUGGCUAACUCUCAUUGCUCCCGACUGAUGAAAUGAUGCUUCGUGAUGAUCGGCCCGUUAUGCGUUUAGCAAGGCUGAGGACCGUAUCUCUCAUGGUCCAAGGUGAAUUGGCGACAUGCCGAAUUGGCAACCGGGCGUAUUUAUUCUGCCGAACCUUUCACUUGGGCGGCUUCGAGCAUUCCCAACGGAAAAGUGAUGAAUGGUUUUUCAAAUCCGAGACGGACCACGGAUAAUGAUAUGAUAUCCUCAUUUAUCGAGCAGCGCAAAAUAGGAAAAUGAAUGCAAGUAUGAAUUGAUUCUACCCAUUGGACAAACUGCUCUUCCUUAGGUGUGGACCUGAACUGGAUCCUUUGCCUCUAAGCGCGGAAUUGCCGUUAAGUCAAUAAGCGAACGGCAAUUUUUCACCGUGUAAGAGCCUCAGAGAAAGCAUUUGGACCAUAUCACGUUCUAGUUGAGGGCCUUCAAAUUUCUUCUCAAACAAUUUAGGUUUGUUAAGAAGCCUAAACCAAGAUCAUAGCAGAGGUAUAUCUCAUUAUCCCAUGGUUAACCGAGCGGUUGAACCACUCCAACCACCAACAAAGAUACAUGGCUGCUCAAAGCGCGCGCGCGCCCCAUAUUGAUCGGGUGGUCCAUCCAUUCAAUUCCUAGCUCAGUCCUUGAAGGCUUUGAAUAGCAGUGUCCUUUCACGCCGAAAUCUAUUCUUUCGCUUCGACAAUCACCACCCUUGGAGGGAUUGUAAGAUCAAAUCGAUUAUUGAGCAUCCUUCGUUCGAACCCAAAUACGAACCCCAACUCUUACACCGCGUUUUUAUCGUCAUUGUUUGGAAACGGUUUUCUUUCCACUCCUAGCGAAGUGUCAGGGUAGGGUAUCAGGAUAGCGACAGAUGCCUGGGAACAUUGGUAUUUCCCUGUAUACUGCGACUUGACCACGUAUUGACGUUCUACUGGGAUAUACGUAACACUUCUGUCCACUACAGCCGUCGUCAUGUCCACAUGGGUUAGCCCACCCCAGAGGGGCAACCAAGUGUUCUAUAGGAAGAAUCAACGAAUCAGGGACUAUAGCUUACUACCGUGCAAUGGAAAUAUUUACCAUUGAGACAGGGUGUUGGUCAUCUUCAGAGUUUUACAAUCUCUGGAUCUCCUGGAAAUACCAUGUACAUCGACAGACUCUAUAUGCAUGGUACCAGGUGUAGAUCAUGAUCGGAUAAUAUUAGAUAAAGAUCUUGGAUUCCAUUCGUCUUCAACUUUCUUUCACUUCACGUUGUCGUUCACGUGGUAGCUGCCACAUCCAUGUAGGCACACUUUUGCCAAAUGAAAAGCGAGGCUCGCUCGGUAAAACAGCUACCAAGUGUGUUGGGCUAGUAGUAUAAAAACGGCACGAGUCAAUUGCAUCUAGUUCAGGUUGUACGAGCUGUUGGCCCGAGUUUUCCCAACUCAAGAUUUGCGCGCGUUAAAUCCAAAAUUUCAGUCCCAAAGAAGCCUAGUGUGGCGUCCCAGCCGCAUCUUAGACGCGCGGUAAAUGCAACGUGUGGCGGCAAAGCUGGUGCUCCGCUUUUGCUCGUUCAACUUUCAAGUCCAGCAGCAUUUAAUCUUGAACUCAUUCCCAAAAUUCUUCCAAAUACCCAUCCUGUCAUACGCUUCAUAUCUCGGUACAUUUGCCUAUUCUUAAUUUUACUGUCCCUUUCACGACAUUUGAAACCCGAUUGCUGCUCUCUCCUUUUCUGCUGUUGGAUGCACUUUUCUCCCAAUUUUAGGUAAAACGCUUGGUCGCAAUGGACAACGCCAACCUAUGGACUCGCCGCUCGAACACUAGCAAGUUGUCCCUGUCCAUGUCCGGCUCGGACAGCAAAGAUAGUAGUGGAAGACAGGAUUCCUCCAGAAGUCAUCCGUCCAAGCGAUUCGGUCCUGACAGCUCUCACGGCCGAUCCAACCCUUUCAACGCAAUCUCCCCCCUUACUACAAACGCACCCUCCCCCUCCGCCGGCGCCUCAUCCGCCUUUGGCUUAGGAUCCGGUGCAUUUGCCUCCUUCGGCUCGGCCAAAACACCGAAAACUCCCGGCGCAUUUGACCUCAGUACCCCGAAACCCACCAGCGAAAAACGAGAAACGCAACCAGAAAACGAAGGGACGAAUAAUAAAACUGUGAAAUUGAGGGCAUCAUCCUCUUCUCUCAAUAAUACCUCUGCACCAGCUCCAAAAGAGCACCCCAUACGGUCCACUUGGAUUGUCUGGUACCGACCCCCAACGCCGAAGCAUUCCGACUACGAAAAAUCCACCAUAGCUCUUGCAUCGAUAUCUUCUGUUGAGAGUUUCUGGGCCGUUUACUCACAUCUUAAGCGGCCCUCUCUCCUCCCGGCGGUGUCGGACUACCAUAUUUUUAAGAAAGGAAUACGGCCAGUUUGGGAAGACGAAGCAAACAAACGAGGAGGGAAAUGGAUUGUCAGAUUGAAGAAAGGAGUUGCUGAUCGCUAUUGGGAAGAUUUGCUUCUGGCAAUGGUGGGCGAUCAAUUUGCAGAAGCAAGCGAUGAGGUGUGCGGGGCAGUCCUGAGCGUCAGAAGCGGGGAGGACGUUCUGUCUGUCUGGACAAGGAUUGAUGGUGGGCGGAAUAUUAAAAUUAGGGAAACAAUCAAGCGGUUGCUAGCGUUCCCGCCGGACACCAACAUUGUAUGGAAAAGCCAUGACGAUAGCAUUGCCCAACGCUCCGCCAUCGACCAAGCCCGCCUGGACAAAGCCGCUGCGAAUGCCGGUCACCACCACCAAGGCUCAGAUCGUCGUCGUGGGCACAACCAGGAUGACGCUUCCGCUGAUAAAGGGCGGACAGCAGCAUCGUAAAAGGUCCAGAUACGAAUAUGGGCAGUGUACAGUAGUAGCUCUUUGCGUUUUUCCCUUUUCUUUUAAUAUUUUUGUGCUGAUGUUGUGUGGUCCUGUCAUUGCGGUCAGGCAGGCUUUCGCAGAUGGCUUCUUCAGAGAGUCCUUUGUUUUGUCCGUUGCUUCUUCCUUAAUGCUCUCUCUUUGUAUCAAGUGGAGAAGAGUAGUGGAAAAUUCUGUGUUUGGAGUGAAGCUUUUCUUCUAUUCUGAUUAACUGGUGGAUUUUAGCUAGCCUUUGGUUUUGUUUUAAGUUUAUUUUUGAGGAUUUCACGACCUGGAAGGAAUAUGAUGGCAGGAAUAGAAAUUCAUUUUGCCUCUUGCUACUGUUUCACUGAAUAUCUCACAUCUAGGAAUAUCUACUGAUGACACCGAAAAGAACGGAAUGAUUGCACCAGAUUUAAGUCAGAAUAGAGGUUAAUGAUUCUAAAUAAUGUUAAUUAUUCAAAAUCCCAUAUAUUUAUGCCAAAGAAUUUUCGGAAUCCCUAUGCGGUGGCAGCUGUCCAUCCCGGUUGGGACCGUUUAAAUUUUAAAUUCCACUCUAU